AUGGGGAAAUUUUCUUUGCCGCAUUAUUACGUAAACCUCGUACUCGGUCUACUAGGAGCGUGUGCCUCAAAGUAUGGCCCAGUUUGCAAUUCAUCAAUUUACUGUACCGGUGAACUGUUGCACACAGUCCAACUAGCAAAAAUUUUUCCAGAUUCUAAAACGUUCGUCGAUUUGAAACUUUUAAACAGAGAAGAAGAGAUAUUUUCAUGUUUUAUUCGCCUAAUGGCUUACGCAGACAACAAUCCAACCCGCGAUCAAAUCAUGGCUUUUCUGGACCAACACUUCGAGGAUAAAGAAGAACUUAAUUAUUGGCAUCCACCAGAUUUUCAAUCUCAUCCUCCUGUUCUAAAUAAAAUCAAGAAUUUAAACGUUUUGCUAUUUGCAAAAGAUGUCAUCAGUAUGUGGCCAGCGCUUGGCCGAAAAGUGUCAACGGAUAUCGCUUGGAAUUCUGAAAAUUACAGUUUCUUAUACGUACCCAAGGGAUUUAUUGUUCCCGGAGGCAGAUUUAAGGAAUUAUACUACUGGGAUUCGUACUGGAUUGUCCGAGGUCUCAUAAUCAGCAAUAUGAUGAAAACGGCAAAGGGAAUGAUUGAAAACUUUUUGCACCUUGUAAAAAGAUUUGGAUAUGUACCAAAUGGUAGCCGAAUCUAUUAUUUAGGCAGAAGUCAACCACCGCUCCUGACGUGGAUGGUGUAUGACUACUUUGCUGCGACUGGAGACAAAAAGUGGCUAAAAAGUAUUAUUCCUGUAGUUGAAAGUGAGUUAACCUAUUGGCUGGAGCACAAAACAUUUUUAUUGAAAGUUAAAGGAAUUGAAUACAAGCUUUUACGAUAUUCACCCGACUCGAAAGUCAAGGGUCCCCGGCCGGAGUCUUAUUAUGAAGAUUAUAUGAAUGCAAAGAAGGUUCCUGAGAGUAUGCAUGAAGUGUUUUACACACACAUAAAGAGUGCAGCAGAGAGUGGUUGGGAUUUUUCAUCUAGAUGGGUUACGCAUUCUGAAACAGACAUCCAGUUCAACCCGACCGAUAUAAGUACUUCACGUAUCCUUCCGGUUGACCUGAAUUCUAUUUUUGCCGGAUCUUUAAAAAAAAUUGGGGACAUGAAGAGUAAACUAAACUUAAAUGGAAAAAAAUGGUGGCGCUUAGCAAAGCAGUGGAGGUAUGCGAUCGAUAAAUUUUUGUGGGAUCCCGAAGAUGGGGUUUGGUAUGAUUUCGAUAGUCAGACCAUGUCAAAGCGAAAGAAAUUCUAUCUUAGCUGUGCAGCACCGCUUUGGGCAGGUGCGGUUGAAGUUUACAACGUAAAGGACCACGGGAAACGUUUCAUAACAUACCUACAGUCAACAGGUGCACUGCAAUACCGCGGUGGGGUUCCUGCAUCACUGUGGAAAACAGGUGAACAGUGGGACUUUCCUAAUGCUUGGCCACCUCUACAAAGUAUGCUGAUUGGCGCAUUAGAAAACAGCAACUGUAGUCAAGGGAAGCAAUUAGCAAGAAAACUAGCAAAAGUAUGGUUCAGCGCAAACUAUAUAGGUUUUAAGAGGUCACAGAAGAUGUUUGAAAAGUACAGUUGUUUAAAUGCGGGUGAACAGGGUCAAGGUGGGGAGUAUGAAGUCCAAAACGGUUUUGGGUGGACAAACGGAGUUAUAUUAGAGUUGAUUCAGAAUUAUGGCGACUUAUUACUGUAG